GCAGGAGGCUGGUGGCAACUGUGCCAAGGCUGCCUACGGUUGCCAGUGAGACGCCCAAGCAACAUGCCGAGCGUUUUGAGAUCUUCUCGUGGAACUGUGGUGGGCUGUCGCAGCUGCUGCUCGAAGAAGUCAAGCUGAUGCUGAAAAAGAACAGUGGGAUAAAGAUCAUGAUUCUGGUUGAAACGCACCACAGUUAUACCAAUGAAUGGGUCGAUGGCGACUGGACUUUUGUGCACAGCCCCGCUGCUUCUCCGAAGCAAGGAGGCAUCCUUCUGGGCAUUCGGCGUGACUUCUGCUCAAGGGAGACCAUGCGCUGGCAGGAGCUCAUCCCAGGACGAUUGUUACACCUGAGGUGCUUUGCAAAAGACCUUCAGCAUCUGGAUGUAAUUGCUGUGUAUCAGCAUGCGCUGCCCUUCGGUGCCGACGCGUUGAAUGCCUCCCUCGUCAAGCGCAAGGCCAUGUGGGGCAAGCUUGACAAGCUCCUUGGCUCUCUACCGGUGCGGUCCUCAGUUGUCUUAGCUGGUGACUUCAACAGCGGACUCAACACUACCGCGGACUUUGCUGGCUUUGGCAUCGUUCCCCACUCCCAGCAACCUGCUGUAGUGGCAGAGCGCCAAGAGCUCACGGCCAUGCUGCACUCGCAUCGCCUGUGCGCGCUGAAUACAUGGGGACGUAAGGAGCCCACGUAUAAGCAUCCCUCAGGGCGGUCACAAAUCGACUUCAUUCUGGUUAGACGAAUCCUGGCCGAUGGUGCUGCCAAGCGAUGUGCAGUAUGGCGGACUCCUCUCGCGGGUUGGCGCUCCUCAGGCCAUGAGUCCCUGAAGGCAUCCAUCAGGUUGCACUGGAAGCCGUGGACUCUUCGAGGGCAUCGAGCUUCUCCCGCUGCCCUGGGCGGUUCGUGUACCCCGGCAGGCAAGGCUAUCCAAGAGCUCCGCAAUGAUCUUGCACAGAGACCAGAUGUACCGGCUGAAAGGGUUGUGAGGCCGGCUUUGAUGGGGCUGAACGGGGAGUUGCUACAGUAUUGGCAGGCGCAACGGCAGUUGCGCACCCAGAGCAACCGCACCUUCCGGGACAUCUUUGCUCGCAUGCGGCUCUUCUUGCAACUUCGUCGUAGACAUAGAGAGCUUAAGGCAAGGGCUAGAUUUCAGAAACGGAGACAGCUGCUGGAUAUUCUGGAGAGGGCUGAGGGAGCAGCUGCCAAGGGUGAUAGCAAAUCCUUGUUUCAGUGUGGUCGUCUUCUGGCGCCUCGCGGUGGUGUUCGGUCGCUUCGGCUACGCGAUGCUCAAGGGAAUCUCAUGCAUCCCAGCGCCGAGUGUCGCCUGUUGUCGCAGUAUGCUGCUGAGCUCUUCAAGGCCAGGCGGGAGCAGGACAUUUGUUGCCCUAAGCUUCUGCCCCUGUCGCCUGAUCUCUUCACUCCUGCCGCUUGGGCAUCUGCGCUGCGCUCUCUGCGCGGUGGUAAGGCGGUCCCAGCUGAGCAGCCUGCCAUUGAUGUGUGGAAGCGAGAGAUCUCAACAGCAGCUCAGGCCCUGAGUCAGAUCUCACUUGAUUCGCUGUGUGGGGUUGAACCGUAUCUUCCAGAAGAGUGGUGUGAGAUGCAGUUCGCUUGGCUACCAAAAGCAGGGAAAACUCCCAGCUCGCCAGAAAACCUUAGGAGCAUUGGUCUAAUGGCUGCUGACACCAAGGGGAUGCUUGUCAUUUUGCGCGAGGCUGUGAAGCCUGUCGUCGUGCGGUACAUGUUUGAGGAUCAUACAUCCAAGAUUUUGGGUACUGGGAAUGUUGAUUUUGUCGGGGGCAUGAUGAUUAGCAUUGACCUUCGGAAGGCUUUCGACAGCGUUUCCCAUGGCGAGUUGUACCAGUCAAUGUUGGAGGCCUCAGUUCCCCAGGACCUCGCUUCCGUACUCCUGCAGAUUCAUGUGCAAACAAGAUGCUCUGUGCUUCACGGGGGCACUUGCGAGCAUAAUGCUAUGAGUCGUGGCCUACGUCAAGGGUGUCCUGUUGCCCCGAUCCUGUUUGCUGCGUGGUCGGUGAGGACGCUACGGCUUUUUCGGGAGGCGCUUCCAAGAGGCGUGGACAGGGACUGUUACACCAUGUUCGCUGACGAUUUGCAUGGUUGCUGGGAGUUUCAUUCUGCUGCUGAUUUUCUCUCUUCUCUCCGGGAAGUUCGUGCGGUUUUCUCUGUGCUUGAUGGGCUUGGGAUGGCAAUCAACUUCCAGAAAAGUGUGGCAGUGCUGCGGCUUCGGGGUGCUGCUGUUGCUCGUGUCUCCAGGCAUGUGCUGGUGUGGCGUCCAGACGGGCAGUAUCUCAGGGUGCGGUCGGAUCCUCAUGAUUUCUACAUCCCAGUUGCCUCGACUAUGUCGUAUUUGGGAGCGACUCUCUCGUAUGAUAACUAUGAACUGAAGACGUUCCAGAAUCGGGCCCAUUGUGCACAAUUGCGGUUCCAAGAGUUGCGCAAGGUGCUGCGCUCCAACGGGGCGCUUUCUGCGCGGCAUCGCCUACAGCUGUACAAGGCCACAGUCUGGCCGUCUUUGUGGUAUUCCCUGAGCGCUAUUGGAGUCACUGGUGAAGUUCUUCGCGGGGUUACUUCUGUGCUCUCAGGUCAUCUUCGCAAGGUUCUUCGCAUCUACGAGGGAGGCAUUACCAACCAGGCUGUGAUUGACCGAGCGGGUAUGUGUCCUCAGCGAUUCUUUGCAGAUCAGGCUGCGCUCAAGGCUGCCAGCAUUGCCGCGGACCCUUUUCGGAGCGCGGACCUCAAGCAGCGCGAACUGCAGCGCGCGGAAGCUAUUAGCACAGCCAUGGUGGCGGUCACUGAGGUUCCCUUGAGCUCGUGUUCUCUGGUGAGGGUCAUGUUUGCGGGCUUUACUUUCCCUCCAAAGAAGGGCUCCAGAUGCACAUUGCACACCAACAUGCGGAGAUCAAUCAAUCCGCCAAACUCGCCUUCAACAAGGCAACGCUUACAUGACUGGAACUCCUUGGCUAAACAUGUGUCCACGGGGAUGUGCUUGCGUAUCAAGUCCAUGGUUGCUGAGGGUAAGAGGGAGUCAGAUAUGAUUCGGAUCCUUGGUGAAGAAGAGCGUCGGAAUCCUCCGACUCCACCAGAUGGGGCUGUAGAGCAGGUCGCAAUCCAGGAGAACGUUGGCCGAGCACUCACCGUUUCCCCGGAUCAGCUGGGCUCUCGGGGAGCUGAGCUUCGUGUUCUCUCAAAGCACUGUGCUCUUUGCUAUCAAUUGGUCAAGGACCCCUCCAAAAUCAAGAAGCACUGGCAGGACUCCCACGCGCCAGAGUGGCGUGCUGUGGCAAAGGAAGCCGUCUGUGACGCCAGGAGUCUCCUGGCCACCUUCUCCACACCGUGCUUAUUCUGUGGGAGUGUGGCCAAGCAGGCCUCGGAUCACUGCGUCAAGUGCUCAGCGUUGUUUCAGCUUCUUGCUCACAGAGUGUUGACUCGGGGUGGAUGGCAGGGUCCAGGAGCACAGCGUGGUCAAUCCCUAAAACAGUGGCAGGUCCCGGCGGCUUACAAGCAGUUCAAGCCUGAGACGACAUCGAUUGGGCGCUACCUGACUUUUAAGCGCGGCGAGACACCGCAGGCAAGUGGCAGCAAGCCUGCCGCGGCUUCCCCACCACCGUCGAGGCCGCCGGCUCGAUCUGUGGACUCAUACACAAGUCUGGCGCGGCUUGGGAGCUCAGGCGCCUCAGUGCACUCCAUGGACUCCGCUGGUGUUGACUGGGUCGGCCGGAUUGUGUUGACCAACCCUGGUAACCUCUGCUACCUAAACGCUGCUGUUCUUUCUCUUCUGCACUGCUCCAAUUUCACGCUGUCCGAGCAUCGGGGAGUCCAGACCUUGCGCCGUAUUGGUGCCCAGGGGAUGUCGGCUGCUCGGGGAGCUGCUUCUUACAGCCCAGCUGCAAGUUCGCUCGAUGCUCAGGUUGUGGUCUUUUUUUUGAUGGUAGACAGCAUGACGUGGCGGAGUUUGCUAUGGUGCUUCUCAGGGGUUUGGGCCUUGGUUCUGUGGAAUGGGAAGCUCGUCGACAGGAAGAUGACGCUGUUCGCGUUCUGCAUUCAGGUCCUCUGCCGCUCCUACUACCACCACCCGUGCGGGAGUGCAUGCUCCAGGAUUGUGUCCAGGCUUGGCAUCUCCGUGAUUGUGUGCAUGCCCUUUGUGCCCCAUCGCCUCCAGCACUUCUUCUGCUACAGGUUAGGCUCCCUGUUUUUGGCAGUGGCCUUGAUGAUGUGGAGUGGAUUCGUUACCAGGUCAAGGCAGUUGUGGAGCACCAUGGAAUGGAGGAUCUCCUAUUUGUUUUGGGCAGUGAAGGCUCAAGUGCAGGAGGAGGCGCCGGGUGCGAACAUGCUCGAUGGUGAGCAGGAGUGGGACUUUUACACCAAGUACUGGCCAAGCGGGCCGGGCAUGCCGGCGCCCCCCUCCUCGGAGGGCUCCACAGCGGAUCAGUCGGCAGGGAUCGAGGAGCGAGAGGCCAAAACUGCGAAGCUCCUGGACUCCAAAGCGGGACAAGGACGUGGCAGCGGCGAUGGUAAAGGCUCUGCGGGCACUGGCGGACCGGAGCACGCGGCUCCCAAGAGCGCACCCGGCGCUCACAAGCGCCAACAGCGGGAGGCACCUGCGCAGUGGCGUGGCGGUGGAGGCAAUGGUGGUGCGGGUGGUGGCAGCGGAGGCCGAACCGGCUACGGGUUUGGUGGUGGGAGAUCGUCGUGGAGCUCGAACUGGCGCGGGGAUGACCGCACCGCGGAGGGCGAUGAGUGGUCUCUCCGCAAGGAGGUGCAGGAUCUCAAGUAUGCCGUCUCGCUGAUGCAGCGCUUGAUUCUUCGCCAUGAGGACGCCUCGAUUUUGGCGCGCAUUGAAAGCAGCUUCGUGCUCCACUUCAAGCUCAACGUGCCGGCUUCCGUGGUGCCAAUGCUCUUUACCUCGGCUGUGGCCUGGAGGAAGAUCAAGGCCGAAGAACCGCAGCGCCUGGAUCGGCCGAUGCGCUGCGCUUUGCUAGUUUGUCUCUUUGCAGAGCUGAAGGAACGCAUGACCAAGAUUGUCCAGGAGCCGGAAAGGAUGGAAGAGAUGGCCAAACUGGGCUGGUUGGCUGUCGGGCCACCGGUGGUGUGGAACUUCAUGCGCUGGGAUGCGGCCAAGCAGCAGCAGGUCGUGGACACCUCCAUUCCCCUCAUCAGCCAGGCGGAGAUCUUGGAGUUCGUUGGGCGUUUGGUCGCAUUGAUUCCGCGGAAAUUCACAACGGCGAGAUUCCACCCCGCACGACCGAUGACGCAGGUGAUGACUGGCCAGAACCUCGUCUUCCUGCUCCAGACGGGUCAGCAUGGGGAGGCGUCCUCAGAGAUGCGAGACAUAUUGCGGAGGCUCUGCUACUGCUCAGUCAUGCACUUGCUUGCGGCGCAGCUCAAGGAGGACAGGCAUCCUCGCUCUGCUCUGGCGAAUGCCAUCGCGGACUACCUGACCAAGUAUUCCGGCAAUCGCUGA